AUGCUGGGUAUAUCUGACUCAGUAUAUCUCAGCGAGACCCCGUAAAUAAAAUUUUCGGGUAAAAAGAACUACACAGCACUGCGAGUCGUACGAAACAAGCGGACAAAAUCAAGUGAGAUGUCCUCAUCUCCAGAACAUCUUCUGCGGACGAGAUGAGGCGACGGCGCAAUCCGAGCGCGCAAUGCUAAAAGUAAUCACAGAAAAUAUCCAGCAAAAAAGUGUUACCGUUAGUUUUUUUUUUAUGCCUCGCAUUCUUGCAAAAUGCAAGACAGUUUGCAAUAGAAAGAUUGCUGUCUUUUGGCUUAUUUCUGGAUCCCGCGAGACGGCACACUUUGCUAACGCUAACACCUUUUGGAGUGAUGAGGCUACGAAUGACGACCAAGAAUUACAUCACCUUCCCUACACCACCUUCCUUCCUGAUCCCGACACACUCCCCUACACAACUUUCCUACGACUUGGGUUCCCUACACAACGACUAGGGCUACACUGUGUAGUCCCGGGCUAGUAAUAUGAGUAUAAGACGAACUAGAACCCAACCUCAAACCACGGGUAAAGACGACCGCUACUAAGUGCAGGAGGGUUUUUCCCUGGUUGAAAAUACUUCUAUCCACUGCAUUGACCACGACAAGAAAGUCCCUGGAAGGACCUAGCAGGGCGACGUCACGACUCGGUAUGUCAAAAAUAGUCACGAUUCAUCUUGUUUGUGCGGCUGCUGUAGUUCUUGCACUAUCAAAUAAAAUACUAAUACUGCCGAUGUUGUAUCUAUUAGCCUGCGAGAAGAUGAUGUUCUUGAUCAAUGUUGACAACUAAAUAUUUUUUGCAGGUACUACGGAGAAGCUUUCAUCAACUUCAUAACACGACCGCGGUGGAUUUAUUUUAUACGCCUCACGGUUCUACUUGUUCGAGGAAACAAAUCAAUGGCUUCGUAUCAAAUUUGUCGCGUCCGCUAGAGCUUCGGAAAGGCGAAAUUAAGACCGCACUCCAAGAA